AUGGAAAUAACUUCAAAAGAGGAACAUUCAUCCACUAAUCAUAAUUUGGUUAUUUCAACAAAAUUUUGCAUGUUUUCAUCACAUCCCCAAUACUCCUACUACUACUACUACUACUACUACUACUACUACUACUACUACUACUACUACUACUACUACUACUACUACUACUACUACUACUACUACUACUACUACUACUACUACACUACUACUACUACUACUACUACUACUACUACUACUACUACUACUACUACUACUACUACUACUACUACUACUACUACUACUACUACUACUACUACUACUACUACUACUACUACUACUACUACUACUACUACUACUACUACUACUACUACUACUACUACUACUACUACUACUACUACUACUACUACUACUACUACUACUACUACUACUACUACUACUACUACUACUACUACUACUACUACUACUACUACUACUACUACUACUACUACUACUACUACUACUACUACUACUACUACUACUACUACUACUACUACUACUACUACUACUACUACUACUACUACUACUACUACUACUACUACUACUACUACUACUACUACUACUACUACUACUACUACUACUACUACUACUACUACUACUACUACUACUACUACUACUACUACUACUACUACUACUACUACUACUACUACUACUACUACUACUACUACUACUACUACUACUACUACUACUACUACUACUACUACUACUACUACUACUACUACUACUACUACUACUACUACUACUACUACUACUACUACUACUACUACUACUACUACUACUACUACUACUACUACUACUACUACUACUACUACUACUACUACUACUACUACUACUACUACUACUACUACUACUACUACUACUACUACUACUACUACUACUACUACUACUACUACUACUACUACUACUACUACUACUACUACUACUACUACUACUACUACUACUACUACUACUACUACUACUACUACUACUACUACUACUACUACUACUACUACUACUACUACUACUACUACUACUACUACUACUACUACUACUACUACUACUACUACUACUACUACUACUACUACUACUACUACUACUACUACUACUACUACUACUACUACUACUACUACUACUACUACUACUACUACUACUACUACUACUACUACUACUACUACUACUACUACUACUACUACUACUACUACUACUACUACUACUACUACUACUACUACUACUACUACUACUACUACUACUACUACUACUACUACUACUACUACUACUACUACUACUACUACUACUACUACUACUACUACUACUACUACUACUACUACUACUACUACUACUACUACUACUACUACUACUACUACUACUACUACUACUACUACUACUACUACUACUACUACUACUACUACUACUACUACUACUACUACUACUACUACUACUACUACUACUACUACUACUACUACUACUACUACUACUACUACUACUACUACUACUACUACUACUACUACUACUACUACUACUACUACUACUACUACUACUACUACUACUACUACUACUACUACUACUACUACUACUACUACUACUACUACUACUACUACUACUACUACUACUACUACUACUACUACUACUACUACUACUACUACUACUACUACUACUACUACUACUACUACUACUACUACUACUACUACUACUACUACUACUACUACUACUACUACUACUACUACUACUACUACUACUACUACUACUACUACUACUACUACUACUACUACUACUACUACUACUACUACUACUACUACUACUACUACUACUACUACUACUACUACUACUACUACUACUACUACUACUACUACUACUACUACUACUACUACUACUACUACUACUACUACUACUACUACUACUACUACUACUACUACUACUACUACUACUACUACUACUACUACUACUACUACUACUACUACUACUACUACUACUACUACUACUACUACUACUACUACUACUACUACUACUACUACUACUACUACUACUACUACUACUACUACUACUACUACUACUACUACUACUACUACUACUACUACUACUACUACUACUACUACUACUACUACUACUACUACUACUACUACUACUACUACUACUACUACUACUACUACUACUACUACUACUACUACUACUACUACUACUACUACUACUACUACUACUACUACUACUACUACUACUACUACUACUACUACUACUACUACUACUACUACUACUACUACUACUACUACUACUACUACUACUACUACUACUACUACUACUACUACUACUACUACUACUACUACUACUACUACUACUACUACUACUACUACUACUACUACUACUACUACUACUACUACUACUACUACUACUACUACUACUACUACUACUACUACUACUACUACUACUACUACUACUACUACUACUACUACUACUACUACUACUACUACUACUACUACUACUACUACUACUACUACUACUACUACUACUACUACUACUACUACUACUACUACUACUACUACUACUACUACUACUACUACUACUACUACUACUACUACUACUACUACUACUACUACUACUACUACUACUACUACUACUACUACUACUACUACUACUACUACUACUACUACUACUACUACUACUACUACUACUACUACUACUACUACUACUACUACUACUACUACUACUACUACUACUACUACUACUACUACUACUACUACUACUACUACUACUACUACUACUACUACUACUACUACUACUACUACUACUACUACUACUACUACUACUACCACUACUAGCUUUUUUCUCCACAGUAAUGUUUUUUCAUCAACGUGA